AUGGCGGCCUCGCUCAGAAUGCUGCGACAGUGUGUGUGUGUGUGGCAGGGUUACAGGGGCAUCACCUGCUUCAUCGUGGACAGAGACACAGACGGGCUUCACAUCGGCAGGAAGGAGAAUAAGUUGGGUCUGAGAGCCUCAUCCACAUGUCCUCUGACCUUCGACAGCAUGAAGGUUCACGAGAAGAACAUUUUAGGGAAAGUGGGUCACGGUUAUAAAUACGCCAUCGGGAUGCUGAACGGCGGCCGGAUCGGGAUCGCAGCGCAGAUGCUGGGUUUGGCUCAAGGAUGUUUCGAUCACACGGUUCCUUACACCCGACAGAGGAUGCAGUUUGGCAAGCGCAUCUUUGAUUUCCAGGGCAUGCAGCACCAGAUCGCUCACGUGGCCACGCAGCUGGAAGCGGCUCGACUGCUGACCUACAAUGCUGCGCGUCUGAAGGAGGCUGGGCGGUCCUUCAUUAAAGAGGCCUGCAUGGCCAAGUACUUCAGCGCAGAGGUGGCGGCUCUGACUACGUCCAAGUGCAUCGAGUGGAUGGGCGGCGUGGGCUUCACCAAAGACUAUCCCAUCGAGAAGUACUACAGAGACUGUAAGAUUGGAACCAUUUAUGAGGGAACCACCAACAUCCAGCUGAGCACCAUGGCCAAGAUGAUCGACCAGGAAUAUGACAGAUAAACAUCUGUGUGUCACAUACACCAGACGCAUUCAUCCAGCUGUCAAUAACAUAGAAGCUGUAAUUUAACACUGAUGUAAUUUCUCAGCACGAGCAUCUUCAGGAAUCUCCUCGAGAGUUCACGUCUGUCUGUAACUCCACUGUAUUUCACUCUUAAUGGAUCAUUUCUUGUUUCUCUACUUAUUUAUUUUCUAAGACUGAAAUUACAUCACAGUAUAUAUGAGUUAAAGUCUUUCCUGACUAGAGUUUUUUCUGAAGUCUUUUCAGUGUUUAGAUAAAGCUAUCGUUAGACUUGGUUGAUGUUCCUGUUACAGUUAUUGAUUGAUCCUGUGCCUUACUGAUCACUGACGGCUGAGAUCUGUGUUUGUGUUUGUCUCUGAACCUGAUGAAUAAACAUCAUGAACUCAUGUGUGCUGUCUGGUUUGAGCAGC